CUGAUAUCCAGGCGAAUAGUCCGUUGAGAAACAAGAAUCUCCUCCUCUCUCCACCAAUAAUCCUCUCUCCACCAAUAAAGCAUGGAGCAACUGAAGUUUGUCCUGCCUUCUUCCUCUUCCUCUUCCUGUUACUACUCUGCUAUGGCUGUUCCUUUGGUAAUCCCUGCAUCAUCCACAUUGGCCUUUUACUGCAAAACUCGGGGCCGGUUGCGCCCUUUUGGCAUUACGCAAUCAAGAUUGGCCAUACCACAACGCACCGACCUUUUAUCUGUGUCGGCAAUUUGGGACGCUUUAACCGGUGGAGGUGCUGCUCGAGAAGCUUCAAUGGCUAUAAGACAGGGAAUGCAGCUAUUCAGACAGGGUGAUGUUCAGGGGUCCUUGGAUGCAUUUGAUAAAGCAAUUGAGCUGGAUCCUCGCCAGAAGGCAUAUCUUUGGCAAAGGGGGUUAUCAUUGUAUUACCUGAGCAGGUUUGAAGAAGGGGCCAAGCAAUUUCGGCUAGAUGUUGCUAAAAACCCAAAUGAUACAGAAGAGUCAAUAUGGUGUUUCCUCUGUGAAGCUCAAUUAUGUGGACCUGAUGAAGCCCGGAGGUGCUUUCUAGAGGUUGCUCGAGAUCCAAGACCUGUAAUGCGUGAAGCCUAUACUAUGUUUAAGGAUGGUGGGGAUCCAGAUAAGCUUGUUUCCACAUUUCUAUAUGGAAAAGAAAAUGAAUAUUUCUAUGCUGCAUUAUAUGCUGGGCUUUACUAUGAAUCUCAGAAUGACUCAAAGUCUGCAAAGAAUCUUAUACUUGCCGCAAGUCAAUCUCCCUAUGCACUAAGGUCAGAUGAUUACAUGGCUUCCCUUUCCAAAGUUCAUUGCAACUAUCGUGAUUGGCACCUCAGCUAGUUGAGUGGUCGCAUCAUGCAACCUAUAUCAUCCACAUCACCAAUAAGUUCAUGUUUUCCUUCAAUGCAGCAGAAUGGAGCCUAACGGUGCAUGGUGCUUGCACACAUUGCUACUAAAAGUCACCGCAAUGAUGUUUAUGACUUCGUCGCCUGUUUUAUAAUGUUAAUAGAAAGGACUUUAAACAUCCAGAUUAUGCAAAAUUUGUUUGGAGUAUAGCAGGCAUGGUUUGUAUGUCAUACAAUAUAUAGCAAAGAAAUCCACAUUAAGUUCUAAA